UAGUGACAGUCCCUGCCGGAGCUCCACGUGACUGUGUGGCAGUAGCUGUGGAGGGCGGCGGAGGGAUGCCAUCUGCUUUGCCAUGCUGCUGAAACUCCUGCAGAGACAGACCUAUACCUGCCUGUCCCACAGGUAUGGGUUGUAUCUCUGCUUUGGGGGCAUGGUGCUGAUGAUCGUCUCUGCUCUGCAGUUUGGAGAGGUGGUAUUGGAGUGGAGUCGGGAUCAGUAUCAUGUUCUGUUUGAUACAUACCGGGACAACAUUGCUGGAAAGUCCUUUCAGAAUAGGCUAUGUCUCCCCAUGCCUAUUGACGUGGUAUAUACCUGGGUAAAUGGUUCUGAUACAGAACUUGAGAAGCAGCUACGUGAUGUACGUGAACAGAUGGAAGAAGAACAGAGGGCGCUAAGGGAUCUUCUGGGAAGCAAUAGAACUGAGCCAACAAGAAAAGGUGAUAAGAUGCUGGAGUGUCUUCUUACACACUGUAUUCGGGUCCCAAUGUUGGUACUGGAUCCAUCCCUUCCUCCCAAUACUACUCUAAAGGAUCUGCAGUCUUCGCAGCCUUUUUUCCAUGCAGCAAUCUCACUAUUUCAUGUUGCUAAACCCAAGAAUCCAUCAACCAAUGUCACAGUUCUUGUCUUUGACACACAGCAGGAUGCGGAAACUGCACAACUGAAUGCUUUGUUGGAAACGAGCAAGGAAACCAUCUGGAGAGCUUAUCUGACUACAGAUAAAGAAGCCCCUGGAUUAGUGUUUAUGCAAGACUUGGUUUUUCUAAGUGGAUUUCCAGCAACGUUUAAGGACACCGAUCAGUUGAAGUCAAAACUACCCGGGAGCUUAUCGUCCAAGAUUAAACGGGUGCAGCUCUACUCUGAAGCAAGUGUAGCACUUUUUCAACUGAACAAUCCCAAAGGCUUUCAUGAAUUAAACAUACAAGCGAAGAAAAACAUGACUAUAGAAGGAAAAGAGGUGACACUGAAUCCAGCUUACUUGUUAUGGGAUCUCAGUGCUGUCAGUCAGCUAAAGCAGGAUGAAGACAUUUCAGCCAGUCGUUUUGAGGACAAUGAAGAGCUUCGCUACUCACUGAGAUCUAUAGAGAAACAUGCUCCUUGGGUGCGUCAUGUUUUCAUCGUAACUAAUGGUCAGAUACCAUCGUGGCUGAAUCUGGAUAAUCCACGAGUCACCAUUGUAACACACCAAGAAAUCUUUUUGAACACUAGCCAUUUACCAACCUUUAGCUCUCCUGCUAUUGAAAGCCACAUUCAUCGGAUUCCUGGACUUUCUCAGAAAUUCAUAUAUAUGAAUGAUGAUGUUAUGUUUGGGACCUAUGUGUGGCCUGAUGAUUUCUAUAGCCAUUCAAAGGGUCAGAAGGUUUAUUUGACUUGGCCUGUUCCUAACUGUGCAGAGGGAUGCCCAGGAUCUUGGAUUAAAGAUGGUUAUUGUGACAAAGCCUGCAAUAACUCUGCAUGUGACUGGGAUGGUGGCGAUUGCCUUGGUAACACAGCAGCUGGUCGUUUUGCACCAGCCCUUGCUGGAGGAGGUCUUCUCAAUGGACAAGGCUGGCAGCCUGGAUUGGGAAUAAGCAGCGUUUCUUAUUGUAACCAAGGCUGUGCUAAUUCCUGGCUUGCUGACAAAUUCUGCGACCAAGCCUGCAAUGUGCUUAACUGUGGAUUUGAUGCUGGCGAUUGUGGACAAGAUCACUUUGGAGAGUUAUACAAGAUAGACUUGCUUCUAAACCAGACCCAUUAUGUUGUUCCUAAAGGUGAACGUUUGCCCUACUUCAGUUUUGCUGACAUAGCUAAGAAAUCAGUGGAGGGCAGCUAUAGUGAAAGCCCAAUAAUUCGCCAUGCCUCUAUUGCUAAUAAGUGGAAAACUGUUCAUUUGAUCAUGUAUCCUGGAAUGAAUGCCACUGUAAUUCAUUUUAACCUCACUUUUCAUGAUCAGAAUGACAAAGAGUUUAAAAUGCAGAUUUUCAUAGACGUCGACACAAACGAAGAGCAAAAACGCAAUAUUACGGCAUCUUCCCAAGGGAAGAAGGAUAUAGUAAGCACCACACCUACCCCAGAUGCAGAAAUACUGUUUGAGGACAUUCCUGAAGAAGACCGGUUCCCAAAACCUAAGAAGCAGAGGCCAGCUGAAAAGCAAGAUGCAGAAAUCCUUAUACCAUAUGUGAAUAUUUCCACUCUUCCAAACAGUAUACAGCUGGCCCUACGUAAUCUCGACCUGAAGCUUAGCAGGGGUGACAUCACAUCGAAAGGGUACAACAUUACAAAAAUGGCUUUGCUUAAACCAUUUAGCAGUGUCAAGCCACAAACAGAGCAAGUUUUAAAUGAGACUAAAUUGGGAAUCAAUUUAGCACACAUAUCCAAACAUAUGGUCUCUGAAAAGAAGGCUGAUUCUAAGAAAACUACCUUUAUAUCAAGAGAACUAGGGCGUGAAAAUGGGAAAUCUGCCUCGAGAAUGGAAUCCCAGGUUAAGCUCAGAAAUGUAAUGAACAAAGAAUUGGAAAUAUCUAAGGGAGACCACAUUGUUCAAGGAAGAAAACUCCAUAGCUAUCAGCCGCUUUAUGAAGGAUUCUUACCUUGGGAAAGAAGAAAAUAUUUUAAGGACCUCUUAGAUGAGAGAGAUGCUCUACUUAGUGAAGUUUCUUAUAUCACCAAUGGUAAGAAAACUGGCAGGAAACUUCAAGAUACAUUUGCUGAUUCCCUACGUUAUGUGAAUAAACUACUCAAUGGUAAAUUUGGCUUCACAUCUCGGAAAGUUCCUGCUCACAUGCCACACAUGAUUGACCGUAUCGUUAUGCAAGAGCUUCAGGAUUUGUUUCCAGCAGAAUUUGACAAGACAUCUGCCCAUAAAGUGCGUCACUUUGAAGAUAUGCAGUUUGCCUUUUCCUUUUUCUACUAUCUGAUGAGUGCUAUCCAGCCAUUAAAUAUCUCCCAGAUAUUCUAUGAAGUUGACACGGAUGGCACAGGCGUGCUGUCUGACAGGGAGAUUCGGACGAUGGCGACAAGAAUAAAUCAGUUACCACUGAGUUUACAGGAUCUCACUGGAUUGGAACAUAUGCUUAUCAACUGCUCCAAAACUGUACAAUUUAAUAAUACUGAGACUGUUUUUAUCCCGGCAACUCAGGAAUCCUAUUAUGAUCCAAAUAUGCCACCUGUGACCAAGCAGCUGCUAAUUAAUUGUAAACCUGUAACUGAUUUGAUACGGAAAGCUUACAAGGAUAAGAAUAAAUACAGAUUUGAAAUUAUGGGAGAAGAAGACAUAGCAUUCAAGAUGAUUCGUACUAAUGUCUCUCAUGUAGUUGGCCAGUUAGAUGACAUCAGGAAAAACCCCAGGAAAUUCAUCUGCUUGAACGACAAUAUUAAUCACCACCACAAGGAUGCACCAACGGUUAAAGCAGUCUUAAGGGAUUUCUAUGAGUCCAUGUUUCCAAUUCCCUCUCAGUUUGAGCUGCCAAGAGAAUACCGCAACCGUUUUCUACACAUGCAUGAGCUGCAGGAGUGGAGAAGUUAUAGAGACCAUCUUAAGUUCUGGACACACUGUGUACUGGCCACGUUAAUUGUGUUUACAGUCAUCUCCUUUUUUGCUGAACAGUUGAUUGCACUAAAAAGAAAGCUUUUUCACCGGAGGAGAAUGCCGAUUGAAGUGAACACAGAAAGAAGUAAAGUGUGAACCGGCACUGAUUCAUUACCAGACUACCUCAUAAGUGAAUGAAGGACAGAGACAUA